UGACGUCCUGGGCAGGAAAGGGGGCGUGGCCAGGUGUCUGUUGGGCCUCUCCCCUUCCUUUCCCCCCCUCCCAGCCCUAGGAGCUCUCGGCAGGAGGUGGGUGAGGACGCUGGCCGGGCACCAUGGCGGAGCCCGAGCCCCUUGAAGUGAUGGUGAAGACGCUCGACUCCCAGACCCGGACGUUUACGGUGGCAGCCGAGUUCACGGUGAAGGAGUUCAAGGAGCAUAUUGCAGGCGCCGUCAACAUCCCGGCAGAGAAGCAGCGUCUCAUCUACCAGGGCCGGGUCUUGCAAGAUGACAAGAAGCUGAAAGAAUAUAAUGUGGGGGGCAAGGUGAUUCACUUGGUAGAGAGAGCCCCCCCCCAGGCCCAGUCGCCAGGCUCAGGGGGCCCAUCGGGUCUGGGUGGGACUUCUGCCCCCCACAACGGAGGGAGUGGAGCCCGGGGCCCUGGUCCCACCCCCCACGACCGCAACGCCAACAGCUAUGUCAUGGUGGGCACCUUCAACCUUCCCGUCAGCAUCAUGGACCCCCCACCACCCACCCCGAUGGAUGGCUCCUCUGUGGACGUUCACAUUAACAUGGAUCAGGCUCCUAUCCAGAGUGAGCCCCGUGUGCGCCUGGUGAUGGCUCAGCACAUGCUGCGAGAUGUCCAAGGCCUGCUUAGCCGGCUGGAGGGCAGCACAAAUGGACAGGCCCCACUCCCGCCAGACAGCUCUGCCCCCUCCGAGCAGACCCCACCCCCUGCCCCCGAGGAGCGGGAACCAAUGGAGGCGGCCAACUCGGAACCCCCCAGCCAGGAGGCUCCUCCGCCUGGGCCCGAGGGCCCCCCUUCUGCUGAGAGCACCCCCAACCACCCGGCACCAGGGGAGCUGGUGGAGGUUCUCCUGGAGCUGCAGCGGGUCCAGGGCCAGCUCCAGCCCUUCCUGCAGCGCUACCAGGCUGUCCUGGGCUCAGCCAGCACAGCAGACUACAACAACAACACGGAGGGGCGUGAGGAGGACCAGCGCGUCAUCAACCUGGUGGGCGAGAGCCUGCGGCUGCUGGGGAACAUCUUUGUGGCCCUCUCGGACUUGCGCUGCAACCUGGCCUGCAACACCCCCCGCCACCUGCAUGUGGUACGGCCCAUGGCCCACUACACCGCCCCCAUGGUGCUGCAGCAGGCUGCCAUCCCCAUCCAGAUCAAUGUUGGCACCACGAUGACCAUGACGGGCAAUGGGGCGCGGGCAGCCCCGCCCAGCACUGAAGGGGCCCCACCUGCCGCCCCACCCCCUGCCACGGUCCUGGGCGAUGCCCCUGAGGGCCAAGGUCCCGCCCCUGGCUCUGGCCCCACCCCCACUCAGAGCCAGGCCUCCCAGACCAGCCAUCCCCGCGUCAUCCGUAUCUCGCACCAGACCGUGGAGCCUGUGGUCAUGAUGCACAUGAACAUCCAGGACUCUGGGUUACAGGUGGCAGGAGGUGGCUCAGGGGGCACUGGGGUCCCUGGUACUCCCGGCUCAGCUGGACAUGGGCAAGGAAUGGGGGGCUCCACGCCGCUACAGAUGCCCAGCCUGCCCCCGGAGUUCAUGCAGGCCAUGGCUCACCAGAUCACCCAGCAGGCCAUGGCAGCAGCUGCCUCUGCUGCCACAGGUCAGCAAGUUCCUGGCUUCCAGACAGCCCCAACCCGUGUAGUAAUUGCCCGGCCCUCAGCACCCUCUGCCCGGCCUGUCCCCCCUGGUGCCCCCCAGCCUGCAGGCCAAGGGGUACCUGGCCCAGGGGCCAAUGCCUCGCUGGCUCAGAUGAUCAGCGGCCUCGUAGGCCAGCUCUUGAUGCAGCCUGUUCUUGUAGCCCAGGGCGGCAGCUCGUCUUCAGCCUCGACUUCUUCUUCCUCCUCCUCUUCCUCCACUUCCACCUCUUCCUGCUCCUCCACUUCUGGCCCCUUUGGGGGGGCCCCAGUUUCCCCCCCAACAGCCUCAGCCAGCGCUGGCACUACCAACACAGCCACCACAGCUGCUGGGGGCAGUGCCAGCCCCACACCCAGCCCUGCCUCUGGCCCAGCCCCAGCUCCACCCCCUCCAGCCAGUGAUGACCUCCAGCUCCCGCAGCUGCUGGGCACCCUCCUGGGGAGUGGGGUGGGGGCUGGCCCCACUGGGGCCCCGCCCACCAUCACUGUGGCAAUGCCGGGUGUACCUGCAUUCCUACAGGGCAUGACAGACUUCCUACAGGCUGCCCAGCUGGGCUCUGUCCCUCAGGAGCCGGCCCCGCCCCCACCCCUGCCACCUGUGGCCUCCUCUCCACCCCCACCAGCGGCCAGCCCGCCACCACCACGGGGCGGAGCUGGAGGGCGGGGCCGGCCGGCCGAGACCCUGCCCCCCGAGUUCUUCACCAGUGUGGUGCAGGGGGUGCUGGCCUCCCUGAUGGGCUCGCUGGGCGCCGCACAGGGCAGCACCGAGAGCAUCGCUGACUUCAUCCAGCGCCUUAGUGGCUCCAGCAACCUCUUCGAGCUAGGAGCCGAGGGCGCCAUCGGCUUCUUCGGGGACCUGCUGUCGCUGAUCUGCCACAACUUCACCAUGGUGGACAUGGUGAUGCUGCUUCAUGGGCAGUUCCAGCCGCUGCAGCGCAUCCAGCCCCAGCUCCGGCGCUUCUUCCACGAGGAGUAUCUGCACGGGCGCGAGCCCAGCGACCGCAACCUCCGUGCAGCCACCUACAACCUCAUCAGUGGGCUGGAAGACUACGUCCGUGAAAGCUUUGCGGCGGUGCGGGUUCGCGAGGGCGUGGACAUCACCCGCACCAACCUAGACUUCCUGCAGGAGCAGUUCCAGCGCAUUGCCACCCACAUCCUGCGCUGCACUGAUAGCUCUUUUGGGUCCCGGCUGCUGGAGCUGUGCAACCAGGGGCUAUUUGAGUGCCUGGCACUGAACCUGUACUGCCUGCGCGGGGAGCAGGCUGCCCUCACCGCUGUCAUCAACGACCGCAUUCGGCGGCUGUCAGCAGAUGUGACGCCCUCACUGGUGAGCUGGCUGACAACCAUGAUGGGCAUGCGGCUGCAGGUCAUCCUGGACCACAUGCCCGUCACCUCCGAGCAGGUGCUGCCCUACGUCCGCUGCCAUGGUGACCCCCGCCCGCCAGCACCCGAGGAGCCCAUGGAGCUGGAGGCUGAGCAGCCACCUGAGGCUGCCCAGCGGGACAGUGCGGGCUCCCCAGCCCCAGCCACGACAGCAGAAGAGGCGCUGGCCCCACGCCCUGAGCCUCCCCCCGACCCCCCCGGCCAGGCCCCCCCAGCCUCUGAGCCCGAGGCCUGGGCUGCGGCUGUACCCCCGGAGUGGGUGCCCAUCAUCCGACAAGACAUCCAGGCCCAGCGCAAGGGGAAACAGCAGCCACCGCUCAGCGAUGCCUACCUUACUGGCAUGCCCGCCAAGCGCCGCAAGACCAUGCAGGGUGAUGGGCCGCAGCUGCUGCUGGCCGAGGCUGUGUCCCGUGCUGCCCGUGCCACCGGUGUCCAGACCUCAAGUCCUGAAGAGUUACGCCGUGAUCUGGCCCAGCCCCCGCUGCAGGAGGCCUAUCGUCGCCAGCUGGCCGGGUCGGAAGGGACCUGAGCAGAUCAUCACGUCCGACCCCCUGCCAAGGGCAGGAAUGGAUGCUGGGGUCAAAUGACCCCGGCCAGGUGUUCAUCCAGCCUCCUUUUGAAGACCCCCAGGGUGGGUAGAAGCCAGCACCACUUCCCUUGGAAGUUGGUUCCAGAUGCUAACCGCCCUGACAGUGAAGUAGCGCCUCCUGAUACUUAUCUAGGGAUAUAGCUUACUGUCAUGUAGAAGCAUAACAAAAGGCUAUCAAGCCAUACUGUUUGCUCUGGCUUCUUCUUUGACACUUCUCUAACCCAUGCCCUUCCCCAUGCCUACCCUCUUUAACCAAUAAAGUUCUCCACUCUAACAA